AUGACUUCCAAAGGCGACACCAGAUACGGAACCAUGUUCUCGUCUCUCUUGCGCCGCCCCAAGCGCGGGUCCCGUCGCGUUGAUAUCCGUGACGUCUCCGGCUCCCCCUCGUCCGGGCCUCCUCGACAACUCCGCUUUACUGGUCGAACUCACGCUACCGCGGAUUUCACCGAAGCCGAUGAUGAUGACGAUGACGAGGAUACGAACGAGGAUGAUCUGGUUGAGUUUGACGAGGAGGCCGACGUCAUUCGUGACGAACAAGGAGAAGGAGAGGAAGAAGAAGAGGCAGACGACGGGGACGACGCAGCCGGAGAAGACAAUCGUCAUAGGGCAUUGCCUGUCCUCCCCCUGUUCUCGGCAACACACCUUGACACACUGCCGAUUUACAGCAUCACCCACUCCAUUCGUAUAAUUGUGAGCGCUCGUACCGAGACAACGCUGUCAUGGGACCAACUCCGAUCUCCCCAGGUCUCUCAAUUUCUAGUAAAACCCAUGCAGCAGCAGAUUAGAACACAACAUUUCUCCAGGGCCACCAUAUAUGCCUUGAUGGCGAAUUGCUUGCAAUUCUCCAAGGAAGGACAGAGAUAUGCUGCCAAUGCCGGUAUCAGCAACACCAGAGCCAAGGUUUGCGAACUGCUUGCUCUCAAGCUCUUGAAGGAGUAUACUACCAGAGAACUCAUUGACGCCUUGGCCUACGACUUCUACCCCCUCCAAGGGUUCCCAGGCGCACAACCUCCCCUUCCAGAGAGCAGAUCAUCCAGCAAAAACAAACAAGCCAUGACCGCGUCAAGGACGUCGACAUUGGAAGUGGCCAUUCGUGCCUCUGCCAAGCAUUUUCUCGCACACCCGGUCGUUGUUCAACAGCUGGAAGCCAUUUGGAACGGAGCCAUCACCUUCUAUUCUUCCGCCGACAGUUUGCAUCGCGAACUGCCUCCAAGCCCCUUGGGAGGUGUGCAUGGAGAAAUGGGGAAGCCGGAUUCCAGGACCCCUUUACUUGGGUCGCUUCCCGCGAAACCAGGACAGUACCAUGUCCCAUCUGGAAGGAGAACCGUUAUGCUCUAUGACCCUAGGCAGGCUUCCAUGUUCAAACUUUCCCGUCUUCGUGUGCCACGGUACAGGUCCUUUCUGUCCACCAUAUCACUUGCCGUCCUGAUUGGUCUCUUUCUUGCCGUCUUAUCGCAAAGGUCUGUCAAGAUCACAGGGCUAGAGCUGGUCUUCUGGUUUUGGAGUGCAGGGUUCAUGUUGGAUGAGCUUGUUGGUUUCAACGAGCAAGGAUUUGCGCUCUACAUCAUGAGCUUUUGGAAUAUUUUUGAUCUCGGAAUCCUUGUGCUGUUGAUAGCAUACUAUUGCAUGCGAGCCUACGGUGUAUUCUUGGUUGACCCCCAUCACUGGAAUGCCAUGGCUUAUGACGUCCUAGCCGCCAAUGCUAUUUUGCUUCUGCCCCGAAUUUUAAGCGUUCUGGACCAUUAUCAGUACUUUUCACAGCUUCUGAUCGCGUUCCGGCUCAUGGCCGUGGACCUGGCUGCUGUGUUCGUCCUGGUUUUGAUCAUGUGCAGUGGGUUCUUUGUUUUCUUCACGCUGUCGCAGAAUGCAACCGACGGUGGCGAGGUUGCGUACAAGAUAUUCCAGAUUCUUAUGGGUUUUACCCCGGCCGCCUGGGAUGUAUGGCCGACAUAUAAUUGGCUGGCGAGAACAUUAAUGAUGAUCUUUCUCAUCAUUUGCCAUUUCUUGGUUGUAACAAUUCUUAUUACUGUUUUGACCAAUUCUUUUAUGGCGAUUGCUUCCAAUGCCACGGAAGAACAUCAGUUUGUAUUCGCCAUCAAUACAAUCUCCAUGGUCAAGAAUGAUGCACUCUUUUCCUACAUUGCCCCUAGCAAUAUAUUUGCCUGGCUGCUGAUGCCGCUGCGCUACUGCGUGCCCCUGAAGCACUUCGUCUGGCUUAAUCGGACCGUCAUCAAGGUCACGCACUUCCCGGUCUUGUUCAUGAUUUACUUGUAUGAGCGAUUUUGGCUUGCGCCUUCUAUAUUCGAGCCCACGGAUCUCGUGGAGAACCCUGGUCGAUCCCGGACUCGUGCAAUAUCUUUUGGAGAUGCGACGCAACGCACCGUCAUGUUCAGCCCUAAUGUCCGUGUACGUGAGGAAUCCGUCGCAGGAUUCCACAAAGACAGAGCGCUUGAAGAAGUAUUUCGUCGCGUGCCGGAUGCGACAACACUACGUACGCAGAGGAGGAAUGAGAGACGCAAGACUCAGACUGCGAUCCGGAACUGGAUGGAGCAACAUGACGAAGAGGGUAUGCCGUCUACGAACUGGCCGACGCUCGACAGCCGGGCCGUGCCUGAUUGGCAAAGGAGGAUGAGUGUUGGCUGGGACAGGCCCUCGCACUUACGACGGGUGUCUGAUGUGAGGUCGACGGCGAGCGACCCAGCGGAUUUCAUGUCCAACCCCGGUGCAUCGUUCAAUAACGUCAAAGGUCGUGGAUCGAGGGCAGACAUUCUCCCCGACUACAAGGACCAUACGGACGCAGACGGUGACGAUGAGCUGGUCACAAACGACGAGGACGAAGACGAGGCCACCAAUGCCGGCCGCAGUCAGCAGUUUGAAAAGCAUGGUGUCGAAGAUGGCGGCGACUAUUUUGCAAGGCCCAUGAGAGCUGGAGCAGCCAAACUGGCAUCUUCUCACGAGUCAUCCGCAAGAGCCGCAACUACGAUUCGUCAGGGGCAUCCAAGACGCGGUGUGCAUGGCCGGAAUUUAUCAACAAACACCAUACUGUACAAUCCGGAAGACCAGCCUCGCGCUCAAUAUGCACCGCCCGUCUCGCCGCCCAAGCCGAUCCCCUCUCGAAGACCCAACACGAGCGGGCGUGCCACAGGUACAGACACGGCCGCUCAUACAACCCGACACAACUCUCCUCGAAGGGCGCCUCAGCUGUCAACCUCGAAGCCCCGACCGAUCAUUGCGCCACGUGGCAUGACGGACAGCGGUGGUGUUAGCAAGUCAGCAAUGCUUAGCCUUGCGCCUCGCGACAGACUUAGGGGGGCUAGGCGCCUGUCUUCAGUUGAUCUGAGUCUCAUGUCGGACCACCUGGGUAUCGAGGACAACAACCUCGGCCUGGCAGGCAGUUUUCAGACACAAAUGGCAAUGGCACUGAUGAAGGACAGCCGGCUGCGUGCAGCCGGAGGGCUCGAGGCAGCAGACCGCGAUAGAAUGGGAAGGCUGGUCCUUGCACGCAUGAAGACACUGGAAGAGAGCUUUGCGGAUGUAAUCAAGGAAAUGCGAGAUCUGAAGAAUAGCUCCACUGCACCACAGUCGCAACUCAACUCGUCCGGGGAUGACUUCAGAGAAGGAAUUGCUAGCAGUGAGCACGAGCGACGGCAGAAGAACAAAGGUGACGGUACGCCUAGGAAAGGCCACGGCAAACGGCCCGCCAGUCGACGAAGCAUGAAGGAGGGCAAAGUAGGUCCCUUGAUGAAGCGCCAGCCGCGAGGCAAAGACGUGGUCUCCCCAUCAGGCGACAUUGACGAAAGCGAUGGCUUUGCGAAGAGGGGUAGCUCUUUGUGA